CCCCACAGCACUUCCUGGUUCUGUUAUCAGGUAGGCUGUGUGGACCACCAGAGACUUCUUGCUACUUCAUAUCACGCUGCCUUCCGUUACAAUGUUUGCCGUUUUGUGUUUUAUCUAAAGCCUGUCGUCUCCGGAAACUUUCGAACAUGGCUUGUGUCGAUUCAGAAGUUGACUUGAUUACGAUUCCUCUCGUUGCACUGAAUGUGACUGUGAGGAAAAAGUUGGCACUGUACCUGAACCCCAAGAACACAGUGGCCGCGGACUGGACGGCUGUUGCAGAGGCCAUGGGCUUCAAUUAUCUGGAAAUAAAGAACCACGAGACGUCACAAAGCCCCACUAAAACGGUCCUGGAGAACUGGCACGCCCGUCACUCCGAUGCGACGGUGGGGAAGCUGCUGUCAAUCCUGUCCGAGGUGGAUAGAAGUGACAUUGUGAAGGAUCUUCGUCCUUUAAUAGAUAAGGAUGUCAGGAAGUAUUGUGAGAGUCUGAAGAAGAAGGCUGAGCCCCCACUUCAGGUCCCUGAGGUGGACAGCUGUUUCCCGCGCACCCCAGAGAGAGUUGGUAUCACCCUGGAGGAUGACCCUGACGGUGCUCCUGAGCUGUUUGAUGCCUUCAUCUGCUACUGCCAGAGCGACUUCGAGUUUGUCCAUGAGAUGAUUCGCGAGCUGGAACAGACAGAGUACAAGCUGAAGCUGUGCGUGUUCGACAGAGAUGUCCUCCCGGGCUCCUGUGUAUGGACCAUCACUAGUGAACUCAUAGAGAAGAGGUGUAAGAGGAUGGUGGUGGUGAUUUCUGAUGAAUACCUUGAAAGCGAUGCCUGUGACUUUCAGACCAAGUUUGCUCUCAGCCUGUGUCCCGGAGCUCGAAAUAAACGGCUUAUUCCAGUAAAGUACAAGUCAAUGGCAAAACCGUUCCCCAGCAUUUUGCGCUUCCUUACCAUAUGUGACUACACCCGGCCUCCCACACAGGCCUGGUUUUGGGCACGCCUGGCCAAAGCUCUCUCUCAGCCAUAAUUUUGGUCCAGGCAGUUCAUUGUUUUUUUUUUAAUUCCAUCAAAGGAGAUGUUGGACAAUGACCAAACAUCACAGGUAAAGUAUGUGCUAUUGCUGUGAUCUACGUCCUUGUGGCUUCUGAACACACUUAUCAUUUACUGUGUGUAUAAAGUAUAUAUUAUAGUGUUAAGAUGACAUAGUGAUUUUUGUAUAUUAUCAUUAUGAAACUCAAGCUGCAGAAGGAUACCAAAUAUCAGCAAAGUUCUCACUGCACACAGCCAUAAUUAUGUUUCAAAAAUAACAUAAGUUGUACCUGCAGCUGUUUUGUAUUUAUGCAAGGUUUAUUGGCGAGGAGGAUGUGUUCGUAUUGGGGGUAGCAUGUACUAAAUGCUGUGUAAAAGCUCUUUUUUUUUUUUUUGCGCUGGCCACUUCCUUUUAUGAGUCAACCUCUAGAUGAGAUUGGAGCGCAAAAGGAAGAGAUAUUGUGAUUCUUCCACUUGUUAAAUUUGACUGACUGCUGACACCUGCCUUUCUCUCUCACUUUCUCUAUUAGUCACCAGGAUUUCUCUACAUUUUGUACUUUUGAUAUGGUCUCUUUUGAACUGUUUAAUAAAAUGAAUUUAUUUUACCUUGAAUAAA